UAGAAUUACGUGUGAAAUCGGCGGUUACUGGAUAUUAAUGUAAGUGUUUAUUUUCCAUAAACUAGAACUACUGUAAAAUAAAAAUAAGUAAGUAACAUUUAUGUGAAAGUAUGUAGGCAUUGCUAGAAUUCUUUUAGUUUUAGUACCUAUCCACAAAGUGUAUAUAAAGGAUUUUCCGAUAUAGAUAUAGUUAAUGUUGAUUGCUAGUGCUGUAUCUUUUAAAUAUGUUGACUAUAAGCAUUAUUAUCACCCUUUUAAUUUCACAAAUAGCCGAUUCUUCGGUGAUUUACGACUGUGAUGAUGGUUAUAGCUCUGACUAUUCAUCAGAGUCUGUAUCCAGUGAAGAAUCAACGAGUUCAGACACUGCUGAAUGCGAAUCAAGCGAGGAAUUUAGCCAUCCAGCGGAAAAAAUAUACAGAGAAGCAUGUUCAGAUCCAGACAAAAGUUUAGUAAGUGAUAAUGAUAUAAGAUAUACGAUUGAACACUUCGCAUCCAAAUUAGAACUUGAAGAGAACAUAGAAAACUACCACUUGCCAGAAGCGGAGGAAGCUAGGGACCACUACAUGAAGGAACUGCAAGAUUUUUAUCAACAUUUAGUCGAUCGCCCCGUCCAUCUGUUACACAUCGUGGAUGGUAUAGCUAACACUCGGUACAAUCUUGAACCCAAAGUGAAUGACGUGGUGGUCGAAAUCCGAGAGUCUGAUAUACUUCUACAGAAAUACAGCGAUUAUUCAGAACACGCUGACGAAUUGUUCAAGAAAUUAGAAAAAUUAAAAAGGAUUUGUCAAAUUAACUGUGACAAUGAAGAUAUAGAUCCAAGAUUUGGGAAGGAUGACUUUGUGUACCUUACUUAUUCCGAAGAUUUCCAAAAAAAGAACUUUUCUUGUAUAAGACUGAAAGACCUCCAUGAAUAUGUAAAUAAAAAAUUAAAUGAGUUUGGAAAUAACUUUAACAAUGAAUUACAUGCGAACAUCGAAGGAAAAAUUGAGAUUUAUGACAGAAAAUUAGAAGAAAUAAAAAAUAACAUAAAAGACGCAGCCGUAAAACAGUUUGGUAUGACCAUGUACGAUGUUUUGAGUUUACAAGAUGACUAUUAUCAUUUUGAAAAAGAAUUGGAAGCUAUUAAUAUUUCUGAAAUGUUGACUUCAUUAGAAGAAAACACGGCACAAAUUAAAUUAAUGUUAAUUUCCCUGAAAAAAGGCAUGGAAAUAUAUCGCAAUUACUGUUUGAAUUGUAAUAGUAGGCAACGAAAACGACGAGAUAUACACGAUGACACUGAAUUACGGUAUGAUUACAACUACGAUGAAAGGCACGAAAACUCUGAAGAAUCGAAUAUUAUAGAUGUUUUAAUUAAAGAAAAGAUAGAUGACAUGUUAGAGAAAUUUAAAGAUGCAUUUGAUAAUAUUUUUGAAGAAUUAGACGCAGCUUAUGAUAAUCCUGACAUUAUAGAGAAUUAUUUAAGUAGCCUUGAACCGGUACAGCGAGGCAUCGAAAAUCGUAUUGAAGAAGAAAUAAGACUUAUACACCAACUAGCGUCAAGAAUUAUGGAAUCUGACAUAUACAGAGUUCAUAAGUUAUUAAAAGAAUCAAAACAGCUUUUGAAGAAACUAGAAUCUGCUCAAUAUUUUAUAAAUAACUUAUACUUACCUUAUUGAAAACCUACACAAGACGUCUUCUUGCAAAAUGUUGUCUUUGUUAAAUAACUAUUUAAAUCUUUCAGCUGAGUUUUAAAAUAAACCUUUACCAAUAUCUAUUUUUACUUUUAGAUUAUUUAGUCGACCUUAUACCGUGUACACCAUGUACUUUAAACAAGUGGGCAUACAAAGAACUUUAUAUUUAACUUUUUCAAAAUAAGAAUUCUUGUCAAUGCAUUCAUAAUGAAGGGUUACCGACCGCCGCAGAUAGCCGAUUACUGAUUCAGCUUCUCAAUAAAUCUGAAUAGGCAUUGUGCGCAGACGCAUACAAAAGUGUUGUACUUGUUGUAAAUUAAAUUUGUGAAGCGAGGGUUCAAGGAGGCGUUGACAUCAAUUUGCAGAACGUGUUAUGAUUGCCCCACGACGUGUGCCGAGCAGCGCACGUGCGCCCGCUCAAAUAACCCCAUAUACCUUAUUUCACUUACUAUAUUAGCGGUACAGUAUAGUGUUUAUUCUCUUGAUAUACCAUUAGCUUCUUCCGAAUAGUUUAAACAUUGGUUUACAGUGGAGGCUGCAGUUUUCAGUAUUUUCUAGAAAUUCUCGUUGGGUCAUGGUGUUUAUAUGAUGAA